ACAUUUAUAUUCCGCCCUUCUCACCCCAACUCGGGGCGGAGCACAACAUACAAACAGCAAACAUUCAGUACCAAAACAUACUAGACUAUACACAUACAAAACGUUAAACUCGCUUAUGGUGGGUUUUGAAGGAUAUUGAGUCCUCAGUGUUUUGUGGGAAUGUUUUGGGGUCACUGAGUCAUUUAUAUCUCCUCUUAAGGUGGGUCUUGGGGGGCAUUGAGCCCUCAGGUCAUUUGCAGGUAUGUUUGAUGUCCUUUAGUCAUUUCUCUUUUCAAGGUGGGUUUGGGGUGGCAUCGAAUCCUCGGGUCAUUUGUGGGUGAAUUUUGGUGGUCAUUGAGCCUUUUGUAUCUCUCUUCAAGGUGGGUUUUGGGGGGCAUCAGGUCCUCAAGUCAUUUGUAGAAUGUGUUGAUGACCUUGAGUCAUUUAUAUCUCCUUUCAAGGUUAAAAUCCUCUGUUUAAAACUGUCUUAAACAACCAUAUCGAAUCUGGUGGGCAUACUAAGAGUUCCUAAUUUGUUUAGCACAGCACGGCUGUUAGGAAUUGUGGGAGUUGCAAUCCGAAACGCCUGCAGGAAAGGCCCAAACUUUGCCCAGGCCUGAUCUACACUGCAGAAUUAAUCCAGCUUGGCAUCACUAUGCCAGAAGUUGAGCAACGAGAUAGAGCUCCCAACGUUUGUCCAUUCAGGGCCGUGCAGCAAAAGGCAACCAUAUACCUUAUUAGGUAUCCCAAACAUAAAAUGCACCAUUAUGUAAGUUUAUGAAGCAUCACCGACUUCUUCGUGAGGCAAAGAUAGUACAAGAGGGAAGAUGGCAAGCCUGUGUUUUGCAUUCUGACAACACAGUUUGCAUGGGGAGCGAGGGCAAAGGGCAGGCUGCAAAGCUCUCUGGGUGCAAAGGGCAUUGCCAGCUCUCACUGCUUCUGGAGUUUAGACUCCAUGCAUCCGAUGCAAGUGCUGGAGCCGCCUUCCUUCUCUCCGGUUUCUGGGAUGUCGCUGAGGACUAGCUGCUUGAACCCGCCUCCCCUUUGCCUCUUGCUCUUCUCCUUUGCAGGGCGUUGCUCCCCAAGGCAGAUACAUGGCUGAGAAGACCCUAAAAGGAUGCAGGUGCUUCCUCGCGUCUUCUUCACCCUGGUUGUGUUGUCGGCCGGCUCCCUCCUGUACAUCCUGCUCUGCCCGCGCUUCUGUGUGCCGUUGUGUUGGCUCAGCUGCCGGCACCUGGAAGAAGAGCAGGAGAGCCGCUUGCUGCCGGAGGCGCCUGCGGACGCCCAGUUCAAGGGUUACAUCAGCGUUCCGGAGGGGAAGCCCUUGGCCCGAGCGCCAUGCCGCCACUGCGCAGUGGUGUCCAGUUCAGGGCAGAUGCUGGGCUCCCGUUCGGGGAAGGAGAUUGACGCAAAGGAGUGCGUCCUGCGCAUGAACCAAGCCCCGACGCAGGGCUUCGAGGAGGACGUGGGUGGCCGCAGCACCGUCCGGGUGGUCUCCCACACCAGCAUCCCCCUCCUCCUGAGGAACCACUCCUACUUCUUCACGCGGUCGUGGGACACCCUCUACGUCGUCUGGGGGCCCCCCAGGCUGAUGAACCGGGAGAAGACCGGCCUGGUCUACAGGGCCCUCCUGAAGGUGAAGGAGAUGUACCCCAGCCUCCGCCUCUACACGCUGACCGAGGAGAUGAUGGCGCACUGCGACGCACUCUUCCAGCUGGAAACGGGGAAGGACAGGAUGAAGUCUGGCUCGUUCCUCAGCACUGGCUGGUUCACCAUGGUUUUGGCCAUGGAGUUGUGCGAACAGAUCUUCGUCUUUGGCAUGGUCAGCGAGAGCUACUGCAGGAACCAGAGCCAACCUCCCGUGCCUUACCACUAUUUCGAGAAGGGCCGGCUGGACGAAUGCAGGAUGUACCUGGCGCACGAACGGGCCCCGCGAGGCGGGCACCGCUUCAUCACGGAGAAGGCGGUCUUUUCCCGCUGGGCAAAGAAGAGGAACAUUGUCUUCACGCAUCCCUCGUGGCCAGAAGGAUAGCGGGAUCCACCCCUGUGGAACAUUCCGCCACUUGACGACUGCCUUGCUUGAAGACACCUCUGGCUAUGUCCCGGUCCAAGAAGGUUUGGCGCAGGAAUAAUUCGAGGAGAGAACUCUUUGGCGACUUCGCCU